AAACCCUUUCCUUCACCUUCUCCGUCUAAUCUCUGGCACUGAGCUUCGACGACGAUGUUGGGUUUACGAAGAUCUGCGGCGACCUUAUUCGACAUCAGCCAGUCUCUGCUUCGGAAUGUUACGUUUCAUGGCGUACGUGUCCAAGGAAUUCGUGUGGGGAACGCAGAGGUCCCAAACAAUAAGCCACUCAAAACCGGUCUUCAAGAAGUUUAUGGAAUUGGCCGUCGCAAGUCACACCAGGUUCUCUGUGAGCUUGGAAUCACUAACAAACUUGCCAGAGACUUAACUGGGAAAGAACUCAUUGACCUCCGUGAAGAAGUUGGCCAGCACCAGCAUGGAGAUGAAUUGAGGAGGCGUGUUGGAUCGGAAAUACAGAGACUGGUGGAAGUAGAUUGUUACAGAGGUAGUAGACAUAGACAUGGAAUGCCUUGCAGAGGACAAAGAACCAAAACUAACGCUCGCACAAAAAAGGGUAAAAGCGUUGCAAUUGCAGGAAAGAAGAAAGCUCCUCGCAAGUAGAAACAACAAACCUGUCUUUCAAUCCAUUCUCUGGAACUCGUAAGUUGUAAUCCAUGUCGCAUUGUUUACAGACUUGACUUUGUCUUACUUUUUGGAGAUGAAACUGAUUAAAUAAGCAAACAUGACUUUCCAGUUCCAUAGUCUUUUUUGUCAUUGCUA